CAAUCCCUCUCCAAACGCAUCAACUCCUUUCCGUUUCAAUUUCCUCUUGGAUCUCUAACUAUCUAGUAAUUAGAUUGUAGCAUAUGAACUCUAGCUUGCUUUUGCCAUGGAAAAUCAAGAGUUAGUGGAGACAAAAGAAGCAAGUUCUCAAGCUGUUGAGAAGCUGCGAGUAGAUGCUUUUUCCAUUCUGAAUGAAGAUCAGGAUAAAAAAUCAGAGGAGGCAAAAGCUCAAAAUAUUGGUCCUGAUGGCCCUGAAUUUGACAAUGAACUAGAUGACAUAUCAGACGAGAUAAAUGACAUGAAAGAUGUGAAGUCUAAGUCUAACAAUACUCACGAGGGAAUAAGAGACGAUGUCGUUGGAGAAUCUGAAUUGACUCAGAGGAAAGAUGAGAGUAGGGAUUUGCAGUCUGGAACCCAACAAGAAAACUUAGAGACCAUUUCUAUUCAAAAGGUGAAUGAGACUGCUUCCAAGGGAUCCGAAAAUGAAGUUAAUACUGUUGGGCAAGAGUAUUCUGGUGAAAAGGUGGAUUCCAGUGGUGAUUUUGAGCCUAAAAGUCAAGAAGCAAAUCUAGAUGGCAAUUCUGGACAGAUUGACUCGGCUAAAGAGGAGGAUGACAGUAGGGAAAUGGAAUCAACGCUGAUGAAUCAAAAGACAGAUGAAAUUCCAAGUGAGGACCAGAAUUUGGAGCCUGUAUUUGAUGGAACAGAGGUUCCAGGGAUGGAAGCUAGCCGGAGCACAUCUGGCCGCAAGUUGGAUACAGAUCAGGAGUCUCCAGGUGUGGUUGAGAAGGCAGUGGCUCUGAAAAAUUUAGUUAAGGAGAAAAGUGCAGUCGCAGUCUCCACCAUGCUGCGUCGCCUUUCUGGAAAAAGUGAUGAAGCUACGGUGGGUAGUUUUGAUGAUGAAGGUAAGGAUGUUUCAGACUUCUCAAAAACUAGUGAAACCAAGGUGGUUUCCGAGAAGACAGUGGAGAAAUUCGCCUGGAAUCCCUUAAAUUAUAUUAAGAAGUCAUCUGAUAUUGAUGUGGAAAACAAAACUGAGCAGAGGGAUUCAAUAACUGAAGGUCCACCACCACCCAUAGCCAUGAAAGGAAGGAUAAUUCUCUACACAAAACUAGGGUGCCAAGAAUCUAAAGAGAUUAGGCUAUUUUUGCAUAUGAAAAGGCUUAGAUACGUGGAAAUUAACAUAGAUGUGUACCCCAGUAGAAAGAAGGAGCUGGAGAAGUUUUCUGGAUCUUCUUUUGUUCCCAAGGUUUAUUUCAAUGAAAUACUUAUUGGAGGCUUGAGUGAGCUAAAAACCUUAGAUGAGUCUAGCGAGCUUGAUGAGAAGAUUGACUUUCUUAUUACUGAAGCACCAUUAUUUGAGGCCCCAUCACCGCCUCUUUCUGGAGAGGAUGAGGUGUCCAGUAGUGGGGCACUUGAUGAAUUGGCUGUUAUUGUCCGCAAAAUGAAAGAAUCUAUUGCUGUGAAGGACCGAUUGCACAAAAUGCGUAGGUUCACUAACUGUUUUCUUGGCUCAGAUGCUGUGGACUUCUUAUCAGAAGAUCAAUAUUUGGAAAGGCAUGAGGCUGUUGAUUUUGCACGAAAGCUUGCUAGCAAAGUUUUCUUUCGACAUGUUCUUGAUGAGAAUCUAUUUGAGGAUGGCAAUCACUUGUAUCGGUUUUUGGAUGAUGAUCCAAUUGUCGUGUCACAAUGUCACAACAUUCCUAGGGGCAUACUUACCCUGACGCCCAAGCCUUUAGCAGAAAUUGCAUCGAGGCUAAGGUUUCUGUGCUAUGCAAUCUUUGAAGCCUAUGUUUCUGAAGACGGACGUCGUGUUGAUUAUACUAGUAUGCAUGAAAGUGAAGAGUUCGCAAGGUAUAUGAGAAUAGUCGAAGAGCUCCAAAGAGUGGAAAUAUGGGAUUUGUCUAGAGAAGAGAAGCUAGCGUUCUUUAUUAAUCUUUAUAAUAUGAUGGCCAUCCACGCAAUCUUAGUAUUGGGUCAUCCAGAUGGAGCACUGGAAAGAAGGAAAUUAUUUGGAGAGUUCAAAUAUGUUAUUGGUGGGUCCACCUACUCACUUUCAGCUAUUCAAAAUGGCAUAUUGAGGGGAAACCAGCGACCACCAUAUAACCUUAAGAAGCCAUUUGGUGCAAAAGAUAAACGCUCAAGGGUGGCGCUCCCUUACCCUGAGCCUCUUAUUCAUUUUGCUUUGGUAUAUGGUACCCGAUCUGGGCCUGCACUUCGGUGCUAUUCUCCUGGAAAUAUUGACGAAGAAUUAAUGGAUGCAGCCCGUAAUUUCCUGAGAAGUGGAGGCGUUGUAAUUGACUUGACUGCAAAGGCUGUAUAUGCUAGUAAGAUUCUUAAAUGGUAUAGUAUAGAUUUUGGCAAGAGCGAGGUAGAGGUGAUCAAGCAUGUAUCCAACUACUUAGAUCCAGCUGACUCGGAAGUAUUAUUGGACCUGUUUGCUACUUCUGAGUUGAAGGUGACAUAUCAGCCUUAUGAUUGGGGUUUGAACAGCUAGCGUGUGCUAUCGAAGUCCUGUAAAUAUGUCACGUAGAUUGAUACCGAUUUUCUAUCAGACAAAUUAUUACUAAAGUAAUCAAUGUCGUAUGAUAACUUUUCUGCCCAUUUCAUUAAUCUCUAUAUAAGGGUAGACGAGGUAGACAAAAAUAGGGCCUGAGGAAAAUAUGUUUCUAUCAUUUCCUGUUCUUUAUU